AUGGCCUCCCCCCUCCUGGAAUCCCUCCAAAAAGCCAACCUCCUCCCCUCCUCCAUCCUCCCCGCGACCUUCACCCCCACCUACCACCUAACCAUCCACUUCCCCGACACACCCAAAUCCAUCUCAAACGGCACCCUCGUCCGCGUCAGCGAGGUGAAAUCCACACCCACAGUCACUAUUUCCCCAGUUUCCACCACAACCGCCAACAACAACCCCUCCGAAGCACAACAACCCCCACCCGCCUCGGGUGCUGCUACAGCCACCAGCGAUGGCCUAACCCUCCUCCUCCUCGACCCCGACGCACCCACCCCAGACGACCCCAAAUUCGCCUACUGGCGACACUGGGUCGUGACCGACAUCCCGGCUCCGACAUCCUCCUCAUCGCCGGUGGUGGUUAACGGCACGGACGCAGCGGGUGGUGGGCGAACCAUAACGCCGUACCUCGCGCCCGGACCGAAAGACGAGUCGGGACCGCAUCGGUAUUUGUUUUUGGUUUUUGCCGGGACGGCCGGGACGGCGGGCGCAGGAGGGGGUGGUGAGGGGGUGAAGAGGUUGGAAAAGGCGGAUGUGGGCGGGGAUGAGUUUGUGGAGAGACGGAGUUUUGGGGCGGGGGAGUUUGUGCGGCGGUUUGGGUUGGGGUUGGUUGGGGUGCAGUGGAUGAGGGGAGUGGGUGAUGGGUGGGUUGGGGAGGAGUGA